CACAAACCCCCGAGCUCGGCGGCCGGCCGAGCGCAGGUUUCGAACCGGUCGGCCCGCCCUCCCUCCCGCCGUACGCCGGGCUGAGCCUCGCCGCUCCCCGUAGCGGCCCGUCGGGCGAUGGCCUCCAAGCCGAGGCAGAGGGCGACCGGGACCGGGAGCGGGACAGCCCGGGAGGAGGGCGGCGGCGGCCGGACAGCCCGGGAGGAGAAUGGCCAGGACGGCAGGAACGGGCAAUCGGUGAAAGUCUGGGCCCCCGAGUGGUCGACGGCCUUCAAGUGCCUGAUCUCGGCCAGGUUCUGCGCCGCCCUGCUCAGUAACGUGUCCGACUGCGACGAGGCGUUCAACUACUGGGAGCCGACCCACUUCCUGCUGUACGGCACCGGGUUCCAGACGUGGGAAUACUCCCCGGCGUACGCCGUGCGCUCGUACGCCUACCUGUGGCUUCACGCCUUGCCUGCCUGGUUCCAUGCCCGCGUCUUGCAGACCAACAAGGUGCUCUCACCAUAUCGACCGGUGGGGGGUGUAGGGGCAACAGGGUUUUGGCGGAGACCUGCCCAGCUGAGCAGAGGGUAGACCGCCGGGCGCCUC